GGCUUUCGCCUCUUUAGCUGCGUGAAAGUAUCUGCGGAAGUAAGCAGCAGUGAACUGUCUUGCUCGUGUUCCUUUGUUGUGGCGUGCCUCUGUACGUGCGUCAUGUCGUCAUGUAUCCCCCCCCUCUCCCCACCCCCUCUCUCUCCGGACUCCGGACAGACCUCCGACAUGGCCCCGUGAAUCAACACAUGGCGGCUAGCAGCAGCCAUGAACAAAAAAGCGACCACCACCAAAAACUGACGAUGCUUUAAAAUAGCAGCCUUGCUUCGUUUCUUUCGAAAUUAAUAUUCCACCUCGUGCCAUAUUCAGAGCUCCCCAGCCUGCUGUCGAUCCCUGUCAGGGGGUGGGGGGGAGAGGUGCACCGCAACCCACUUCGGUUUAAUUUCGCUGUCAAGUGUCCGUCUUCCUCAACAUGGGUGUCCUGGGUUUCCAAGAAUACAUUGAAAAGCAUUGCCCCAGCGCUGUGGUGCCGGUGGAGCUCCAGAAGCUUGCCCGGGGAAGUAUGGUUGGAGGUGGCCGGCAGAGAUCACCUCAGAGUCCACUAAGGCUGCUGGUGGACGCCGAGAACUGCCUCCACCGGCUCUACGGAGGCUUCUACACCGACUGGGUCAGCGGGGGCCAGUGGAACCACAUGCUGGGCUACCUGGCCGCCCUCUCCAAGGCCUGCUUCAACGGCAACAUAAAGCUCACGGUGUGCUUCAAUGGCGCCCUGGAGAAAGGCCGUCUUCACGAGUGGGUCAAGCGGCAGGUGAACGAGAGGCAGACCUCCCAGCAGAUCAUCAGCCACGUCCAGAACAAGGGCACUCCACCGCCCAAAGUCUGGUUCCUUCCUCCCGUGUGCAUGGCCCACUGCAUCCGACUGGCGCUCCUCAGGUUCCGCGUCGGGGUUGUCCAGAGCAUCGAGGACCACCACCUGGAAGUGAUAGCCUUAUGCAGGGAGAACGGCUUCCACGGCCUGGUGGCCUAUGACUCUGACUACGCUCUGUGCAACAUCCCAUACUACUUCAGCGCCCACGCCCUCAAACUGAGCCGCAACGGCAAAAGCCUCACCACCAGCCAGUACCUGAUGCACGAAGUGGCUCGGCAGCUCCAUCUCAACCCAAAUCGUUUUGUCAUUUUUGCGUCACUUUUAGGAAAUCACAUAUUGCCUGAUGAAGACUUGGCUGCCUUUCACUGGAGCUUACUUGGUCCAGAGCAUCCAUUAGCAUCUUUAAAGGUGCGUGCCCACCAGCUUGUGCUCCCACCCUGUGACGUUGUAAUCCAGGCUGUGGCCGACUACGUGUGCAACAUCCCAGACAUCACCGACCUGGAGGCUGUUGCUAAGGACAUCUUCAAGCACUCGCAGACGUGCACUGAUGACAAAGUCAUCCGCUUCAAGAAGGCAGUGGAGUACUACUCAGUGGCCAGCCAGCCCUAUCACUUCCCUCCGCAGUCAGUCAGACCAAAACCAAUGGGAGUGUCUGCCGCGGUGCCGUUUCCAAAAACUCUCACCAUUCCACAGGUGCUGCCUGUAAAACAGGAGGUCCAGCUCUCGUACCCGGAGAAGAACAGCUUCAGCAGCAUUCCUCAUGAAGCAAAGCACACGCCGCUGUACGAGAGGUCCUCUUCCAUCAACCCCGAGCACACACAGGCUGCUCUCUGCAACGCCUCCUCCUUGGACGAUGAAGAGAGCUCUGGCACGACUGCCAAUCAUGUUAGUGACCAUCAGGGAGGAUCAUGGGAGAAAAACGGACAUACUCCACAUUCUGAGAACGCACCAGAGGAAGACCUAGGGGACCAAACAAAAGCUGAGCUGUGUGCGAGCAUCCCCUGCCUGCUCUCCAUGCCCACCAGGAACCACAUGGACAUCACCAUCCCACCGCUGCCGGCCGUGGCCCCCGAGGUCCUGCGGGUGGCCGAGCACAGACACAAGAAGGGCCUAAUGUACCCGUACAUCUACCAUGCUCUCACCAAGGGCGAGAUAAAGCUGUCUGUCACCAUUGAAGAUGAGGCUAACAAAGAGCUGCCUGCAGCAGUGCAGCUGUUUCGGCCAAUCCGUCAGUACGUUUACGGCGUGCUCUUCAGCCUGUCGGAGGCCAGGAAGAAGGCUGAGAGACUCGCCAUGAGGAAGAACUGCCUCCCUGAACAUACACAUGUCAUGGUCAAAGAGUGGGCCGCCUACAAAGGCAAGACUCCCCACACUCCAGAGCUGGUGGAGGCUUUGCCCUUCAGGGAGUGGACCUGUCCGAACCUGAAGAAGCUGUGGCUGGGGAAGGCCGUGGAGGACAAGAACCGCAGGAUGAGAGCCUUCCUGGCCUGCAUGCGCUCGGACACUCCGGCCAUGCUGAACCCUGGCUGCGUCCCCACGCCCCUCCUGGUGCUCUGCUGUGUGCUGCGGUUUAUGUUACAUUGGCCAGGCGUAAGAAUUUUGCGUCGUAAUGAACUUGACGCUUUCCUAGCCCAAGCGCUUUCUCCUAAACUUUAUGAGCCUGACCAGCUGCAGGAACUGAAGAUGGACAACCUGGACCCUCGCGGAGUCCAGCUGGCUGCUCUGUUCAUGAGCGGCGUGGACAUGGCUCUGUUUGCCAACGACGCGUGUGGGCAACCGAUCCCCUGGGAGCACUGCUGUCCCUGGAUGUACUUUGACGGAAAGCUGCUUCAGAGUAAACUCAUCCGGGCCAACAGGGAGAAGGCCCAGCUCAUUGACCUCUGUGAUGGUCAGCCUGAGGUGGUGGCCAAGGUGGAGAUGAUGCGUCGGAGCAUCCUGGAAGGUCUCAACUUCACUCGGCCACCCCAUCCUCCUCCGUUUCCCCACCCUCCACCUCCUCACGGGAUGCCUUUCUACCCCCUGACUGGCUCCUACUACCCCCCACCCCCUAUGAUGCCUCCUCCGGGGCGAGGCAGAGGGAUGCCUGGACUGCAACGGAUGUCGUCCCAGGGUGGGAAGCUGGAAAUAGCUGGCACCGUGGUGGGUCAGUGGGCGGGAACUCGACGCAGCCGAGGGAGAGGAGGCUUCCCUGUUCAGGUGGUGUCUGUUGGUGGACCCAAUAGAGGUCGUCCCAGAGGUGUGAUUUCCACGCCCGUCAUUAGGACGUUUGGUCGGGGGGGCAGGUACCACGCUCGAGCCUUCAAGAGUCAGGUAGCGUACCUGAGUAAACCUGCUCAUAAGUCUGGACAUGAUGCGGUGAAGGAGAGAAAGCAGCCCAACGCAAAGGAGAGGAAAUCCUCCAGUGCACCGCGCGACGGCUCGACCACGGAGAACGGCGUGGAGGACGGGGAGCCUGAGCGGCCGAAUGGAGACGAGGAGGAACGCGGGGCUCUCAUCCAACCUGAAAGUGCCUUUAGCGGUGACUCCAAGACGUGCCGUUCUAAUUCUCACUUAAAUGCACUACACGCAGACAGCGGCUGCCAUAGAGAUGAAGGUCUGGAGGCCGCUGUCUUAAACAAAGAAGAGUAAGCUUAUUUUUCUAGAGAGGGCCAAGGAUGAAAGAUGGAACAGGGUUAAGAUAUCUGGAAACUUGAGUUUCAAUGUACCCUUUUUCCUUUUGAGAUAGACAAAGAGAUGAAAUGUGUGAAUCCCUCUCAGUAAACACCAGAUGUAAGACACAUGUUAGUUUAAGGAGUUGUUCACUCCAUCGCCACGAUUUCUACAUGUUUAUGAGCAUGGCACUUUUCCUUCAUUAGAAUAUUAAAGCUCCAAGAAGCUUUCAUUUGGAAAUAUUUGAGUUCUUAUAGGUUGAUACGUCACCAAUAGGGACUGUUAUGAACUUUGUGUUGUCCGUUAACUGCUAAAUGAAAAAAAAUUGUAUUGAAGCAACUCUGUCCGUCAGUUUAGAAGAGCUCCUGUGUCAUUUCAGUCAUUUAGCUGUAAGGGACAUUUUAAGAAGAAGGCUCUAAAGAUCCGGCUGAUACUCGCCUUGGUUUCUGGAGUCAGGUGAGGAGCUGGAGUAUUAAUAGUAUUAAACCGUUUAAACAAAAAAACCUUCUGCAUGGUUCACAGAUUCAGAGGUGUGUAGUUAUUAUGCAUGUUGUCCUUUUCUUCCAUAUUUUACACGUCCUGUGCCCAUUAAUAACAAACUGCUGAUAUCAGCGAUGGCCCCCAAAAAGGGGUUUAACUGUUUCUUUGGUGACCCCCUGUUGUUACAUUUAAUUAAAAUGUAUCUCCCCACUUUGAAAUAGUAUAUUCACACAAUCUUGUUCUCUGUUGCUGUUUUCUUCGUUAGUCAAAUAUCUGAAAGAAAUCACAUUAAAAGCUUGGAUGAAAAUCCCCUCUGUAGCCGAAAGCAACACGUGCUCCACUUUCCAUUCAUUCCUUCCUUUAGCUGUCAGCCAGCCAUGAAUUUGAAGAUUGUUUUCACACUCCUACUACCACACCACAAUCCUCUAUUAAUAUUUGACUUCGUUCUCCUUUUCAGCUUUUCAUCUUUCACUAAUGAUCAGAGUCCCCGCCAGAGCUACAUAUAGCUUACCUUUUUAUGUGAGUUGAUCAGUUUCUUCCUAACUCGUGGAUCGUAAAAGAAUGAACUGCCGUUGGCUUUGAUUGAAUAUUGAUGGCUUGUGGCAUGGUGUAUUUGAAGGCUAC